CUUUUCCCCUUCAGGCUUAGAGUUAAUAGGAACUACAAGAAAAACAGUUCUUUACAAGAACCAGUUCUUGAUUUUAAUCUCUAAUUACCAUAUUUAUUUAGUGGGGGAGGAGGAGUUCUCGGAAAUAGGUGUGACAGAAGACCCAAGUUGACUAACUCUACCUGUUACACAGAAAAACACCACAUGAGGAAACACUGUUGCUGAAAGAAGGUCUUCCUGUUGGCCCUCAGCUUCUUAUUUUACACACUCAGAUUCUCUGCUGGCAUCAUCAAGUGUGAUAUGGAGAAAAAAACGCUAAAAAAGUACGACAAAAAACAAAGCAAUGGACUGAAAGAGCAAAAUGAAUACAUUCCAUUAGUACGCAAAUUUGAACCAGAUGACAAUCUGGUAGUGCAGCAAAUUUUUUAUGAAGGGCUGAUGGAGAUGGUGCCAGACACUGCCUUCAGAGGAUUAAGACAUCACCCUGAAAGUCUCUGGCUUUAUGCUGCUAUGACAGUUAUAUCUCUUGUCAUCACCAAAUGUUGGUGGGUGAUAGGAGUCCUCCCAGCAAGUGUGAUGUGUUUGCGCUACUUCUACAGCAGACGUGUCAUCCAUGGUUACCUCAGGCGAGCCAUGAACACAGACAUGGGGAACAUUGAGAAGUUCUACAUGAAGCCACCAGGCUCCUGUUUUUGGGUAGCAGUGCUCGAAGGCAAAGUGGUGGGCACUGUAGCAGCAGUUGGCCAGCAAGAGGAAUCAGGAGGUGCUGUUGUCCUGCAGAGAAUGUCUGUUGACCAGAGAUAUCGGAAAUGCGGGGUUGGUGUUGCGCUGGGAAGGAAAGUUCUGGAGUUUGCUGCUCAUUAUGGAUAUUCUUCAGUUAUCCUUGGGACCACAGCAUAUGCACCAGCAGCGCACCGCCUCUACCAGCGCCUGGGUUUCUGCUGUGUGGGGGUCACCAACGGGUAUGCCACACCAGGAGGACGACAGUCUUUACUUGAACAAAUUUUCUACAGAGUACGCCAUCAUCACUAUAGCAUUGAUGUGCAAAACAUCUCAAAUGGACACCAACUCCAGUGAUUGUGCAGGUGACUAAAAAUGAAGGGAAUUUUUGAGAAUGAUGGGAAAGUGAACUUGCAUAGUCACCAUAUUUGCCAGCUUUCCUUUCUGCCUUAAAAUGGGCUAAACUUUAUUAAUAUAAUAAAUCUUUUCUGGUCUUACUGACGAAGGUAAAGUGAAAACAUUCACACAGCAAACUACUGUACACAGUUUUCCCUCCCACACACAUACUUGACUAAUUUGUCUAUAGCAGCUGUGUUGUUUUUAGUCUAUAUUUAAUCUCUACAUAUUUUUCUAAUAUUAUAGUUUUACCUUUGGAAAAUCAGCUGCUCUGCUGCCAGUGAACUUAUUCAUACUUGUGACUGGUGAGGCACUGGCAAUGUCACCCCUUUCAUGUGAAUACGCUUGUAGCUCGCUUGGAAAAAUGCUAGGCUUUAUUAAUGAGUUGAUGAACAGCUUCAUCUUACCACUUAGCCUGAUUGAUAACAGAACAAUGCCCCGAGUAUUGUAAACUAAUUUUGUAAUACAGGGCCCAAAAAGUAAAAGUACAAGAGAUAAAAAGAAAAUUAAUUUCUAAAAAAAAAAGAGAAAUAAUGAAGAGAAAUUUGUAAAGACAGAAUGAGACAGAAUGAACACAGACAAGGAAGCGGCAGGGAAACUAAAGUAAAGAGUAAAGUAAAACUCAGAAAUAUAAACAAACCUGAGACUGGGAUAGACGCACUUUUAUCAGAGAGCCGUUCUUAUUUCAGUUCAUUUUUAUGGGUGUCCUUUUGUUGCUUUUCUCUCUACUUUCUUCUUCAUGUGUUAAACUGUGUUAUUUUUUUUAUUGUACUGGAUUUUGUGAUGGACCAAUUUGUGCCUUGUUGUAAAGAACUCAAUAAAGAUUAUUAUUAUUGUCAUAGUGUUUGCUGACUUAGUACUAUAUGGCUGCUAUUACCUCCCCAUGUCUUUGUUGUUGCUUAUUUGUCUGUUGUCAGGGUAACAUCAAAAACAGCUUUCCUGAAACUGAAAGUUCUUUAUCGGUUUGAAAUUCAUUAUAUUUUAUUUGUACAUUUAUCACAAUAUGUGUGUUAAUGUAACGGCACCGCAGCACUCCAAUUCAAACCACACUCUUUGUGCAUACUCUGUGGGUUGGCUAUGUUCUAUUAUACUCUGUGGCUAUUUUUGACAUUGUAACUGAUUGUGAUACAUACAUCUGCUGGAUGUAUAACAUCUGCUUGGCUGAGAUAAUAAAAGGGUUUAUCUGUCAAACCCACACUUUCUGCA